UUCAUUAAGAAGAUAAAUUCAAACAAGUAACAUCUUGCUCUUGACAGCCAUUUCUACCUAGAAAACAGACAGGAUGUUGAGGAGGAAUUAUCUUCAAAUUAUUUUUCUCUUCUACAUCUCACUGACAUUUGGAAAUGGACUUGAAUAUCUGAAGUAUUUUAUGAAAGUACAACACGCCGGUCUGAAAGAUGCCAAAACAUUGAUGACACUUGAUGUGGAUGCCUUCAACUGUUCGAAGAGUUGUUUUGAAACUUCUGCAUGUAAAUCCUUCGUGAACAGAACGAUAAGUCCAAGCUGUAUUUUAUACGAAGAAGACUCAAAAGAGAGGAUGCUAAUAAAAAUAACUAAUACCCAUUUUUAUCAGUUGAGAAGAUCUGUGCCGACCAAGUAUAGAGACGGAAGAUGUCCUGUGAAUCUCAUUUACAAUGCUCACACUUUUAUUCCUACACUUUCGACAUCGGUGUCUGGUGUCAAUUAUGCGCAGUGUUUCAAUCGUUGUGAAGCGGAACCAAAUUGUCAAUCGUUUCACUACGCCUUUCUUAACUGCAUAAUGUCAAAUUAUAACUAUACUUAUAAACCGUUUCAUGUGCACAAGGGUUACAUCUACACUGACAUAAACAGAGAAAAAGAAACUAAUGACUUUACAGCUUAUUCAACAUUUUCCUUCAAACCAAACCCAUAUCCCAACCUUGUAACCGAGGCCCAAAUGGAUGCUCACUCGGUUCUGGAUUGUUCCCGUUUAUGUUUGAUAUCUUCUACAUUGAAAGAAUUUCCAAUUCAACCUAAAAAUAAUGAUGAAGAUAGCAUCGAAAGGUUUUCUGAAGAAUAUGGUAAACAUUUCACGAGAAUUAUUGUACGUCUUCCAUUGUAA